AUGUCUCGGGACUAUCAUUCGCUUUCUAUGCUGAACCGUCGCUUACUUCGGGGGGAGAUCACAUAUUCUGCCGCAAAGGAACGAGAUUCUAAUAUCCUCCAUGAGUUGGGAUACAGGGAUCAGAAGAUCCGAUAUUUUACCCAUCUGUACCGAAAUCGCAAGCUAAUCAAAGCAAGUGUAGUCCAUCAUCUCGGCCUCGCUUCCACAGACACCUGUCAACUUGUUGAUGUGGAGCAUUGGAUACAUGGCAGCUUCAAUGUUUGCAUCCGAGUUGAUGUUGAUUGCCAGGGACGGGGUCCUGGGAAACAACUGAUUAUCCGAUUUCCCUUGCCCUACCGGAUUGGGGAGAACUGCUGCCCAGGUAAUGCAGAUGAGAAGGUGCGCUGUGAAGUCGGAACCUACGCAUGGCUUCAAGAUAACUGUCCAGCUGUACCAAUUCCACAGCUUUAUGGAUUUGGCCUAUCUACUGGGCAAACUUUCACCUUCCUCGAUAACUUGCCUUUUAUUCCCCGCAUCAUCCAGCGGGUGCGCCGUCGCUUGUUAAGUUGGUUAAACUAUCCGACCCCAACCCUAUACGUUCAACACCAAAGCAGAGAUCAGAUCAUGCUAGGCACACCCUAUCUUUUGAUUGAAUAUAUUGAUCCAUCGAGAGGGCAAAUGCUUUCUGAAACUUGGGAGGAAGGGCGCCACAAUAUUGAAUUGCGCACAAACCUCUUCCACGGGCUCUCCCGCAUUAUAUUGAAUUUAGCAUGUAUUCCAUUACCAAAGAUCGGGUCCUUCGUUCUGGAUGAAAAGGGUUACUUGAGUUUAAGUAACCGGCCUCUUACCCUUGAAAUCCUGCAACUAGAAAAUGAGCACAUUCCAGUUGACAUGCCGCAAAAUACUACUCAUUCCACUGUCGACGCUUAUAUCAAUGACAUACUUGCAUUCCAUGAAAGUCGACUUCGCCACCAGCCUAACGCAGUUAAUAAUGUCGAAGAUGGUUUCUACCAGACGUCGGCAUUGAUGGUUAUGAAAAGUGUCUGGUCUUGCUUUUUUCGCCGCGAUCUCCAUCGGGGCCCAUUCUUCCUUAGUCUCACUGAUCUUAACCAGAGUAAUAUCUUUGUUGAUGACAACUGGAAUAUCAAGUGCCUUGUCGAUCUUGAGUGGGUGUGCUCUCAUCCAGUGGAGAUGAUUCACCCUCCAUACUGGUUGACAAAUCAGGCUAUCGAUUUAAUCAACAGGGAUGACUAUGAAAUUCUUCACAAAGAAUUCAUGGAAGCCUUCUCAAAGGAAGAGAUGAAGAUCAAGCCACCAGUCUGCCUCUGUCCUAUUUUGCAGCAGGGAUGGGAGAGAGGAACAUUUUGGUAUUCUCUUGCACUUAGUAGCCCCACAGCGUUAUUCAAGAUAUUCUACGACUUUAUUCAACCCAUGUUUUCUAAGGUUCAUGAUGAUCCAGCUUUCUGGCAGAUCACUAUGCCCUACUGGACAUUCAAUACCUAUGGAUUUAUUCAGCACAAAUUAAAGGACAAGGAGCAGUAUGAUGCCUUGCUGCGUGAAGCAUUUGAAUCCGGUACUUCUCAGGGCUAG